AUGUCUCACGUGCAGGAGCUCUUUCACGAGGAAGCCCAGCAGGGGGUCCUGGCCCAGCCCGAGCCCUGGUGGAAGGUGCAGCUGUUCGUAUGGGAGCCCGUGCUGUUCGGGACCUGGGAUGGCGUGUUCACGUCCUGCAUGAUCAACAUUUUUGGGGUCGUCCUUUUCCUGAGGACCGGCUGGCUGGUGGGAAACACGGGAGUGCUCCUGGGCAUGUUUCUGGUGUCCUUCGUCAUCCUGGUGGCCCUCGUCACCGUGCUGUCUGGCAUCGGAGUCGGGAUGCACUGUGGCGUUGGCAGCGGUGGCGUCUACUCCAUGAUCUCCUCGGUCCUGGGCGGGCAGACCGGAGGCACCAUCGGGCUACUCUAUGUGUUUGGACAGUGUGUUGCAGGUGCCAUGUACAUCACCGGCUUCGCUGAGUCCAUCUCUGAUCUGCUGAGCCUCAGGAACAUCUGGGCUGUGCGAGGCAUUUCGGUCGCGGUGCUUCUGGCCUUGCUGGGGAUCAACCUGGCGGGUGUCAAAUGGAUCAUCCGCCUGCAGCUGCUGCUGCUGCUGCUGCUGGCCGUGUCCACCCUGGACUUCGUGGUGGGCUCUUUCACACACCUGGACCCAGACCACGGCUUCGUCGGCUACUCUCCGGAGCUGCUGCAGAACAACACGCUGCCCGACUACAGCCCCGGCGAGUCUUUCCCCACCGUCUUCGGGGUGUUCUUCCCAGCGGCAACAGGAGUCAUGGCCGGCUUCAACAUGGGGGGUGAUCUCAGGGAGCCCGCUGCCAGCAUCCCCCUGGGCUCCCUCGCAGCUGUUGGCAUCUCGUGGUUUCUGUACAUCAUCUUCGUCUUCCUGCUCGGCGCCAUCUGCACCCGAGAGGCCCUCCGCUAUGACUUCCUGAUAGCGGAAAAGGUGUCCUUAGUGGGCUUCCUGUUCCUUUUGGGCUUAUACAUCUCAUCUCUGGCCUCCUGUAUGGGGGGCCUCUAUGGAGCCCCCCGGAUCCUGCAGUGCAUUGCCCAGGAGAAAGUGAUUCCCGCAUUGGCCUGUCUGGGGCAAGGGAAAGGGCCAAAUAAAACCCCGAUAGCUGCCAUCUGCCUGACCAGUUUGGUGACCAUGGCCUUUGUCCUUGUGGGUCAGGUGAAUGUUCUAGCUCCCAUUGUCACCAUUAACUUCAUGCUGACAUACAUCGCGGUGGAUUACUCUUACUUCUCCUUGUCCAUGGUUCCCUGCAGCCACCCCCAGGUGCCUGAGCCAGGGCACAGGGAGGGCGCAGAAGCUCACCUCUGCUCUGAGCGCCUGCUGCUGGAAAAGGCUUCCGGGUAUGGCUCUGAGGGCACUGCCUGCAGCCUCUCUGAGGGCACUCUGCUAGAAUUCACCAAAGACAUGGAUCAGCUCCUGCAGCUAACCAGGAAGCUGGAGGGCAGCCAGACCAGGCCAGGAGAGAGCAACAGGAUCCCAGAGCAUCCGAGGGGGAAGUGCAAGAAGGCCACCAAGCAAACCCUGCAAGAUAGCUUUCUCUUGGACCUCAAGUCGCCAACCUCCUUCCCUGCAGAAGGCCCUGACAGAUUGCCCACUGCCGUCUGGGCGGGGCAGGAGUCCCGCUGGAACAAGCAGAGUGCCCGGAGUGAAAGAGCUCAGCCUGCGGGAGCACACGGAGAACAACUUGUCCCUGAGCUGGGUAGCCAGCCAAGGCCCAAUGGAGAAGAUUUCUUCCUGAAGUCUAGACUUCAGGAACAAGAUAUCCAGAGCGGAACUACUUCUAUCUACGCUCGCAUGUGCAACCCCUGGGUCUCCCUUUUGGGGGCCAUUGGGUCUCUUGUCAUCAUGUUUGUGAUCCAGUGGGUCUACACUUUGAUCAACAUGUGUGUUGCUGCCAUUGUGUAUUUCUACAUUGGUCGGGCCAGUCCCGGGCUUCACCUCGGAUCAGCCUCCAACUUCAGCUUUUGCAGAUGGAUGAGAUCUCUUCUGAUCCCUUCCUGCAGGAGCUUGCGAUCCCCACAAGAGCAGAUCAUUUUGGCACCGUCCCUGGUGCGGGUGGACAUGGAGAUGACUCAGCUCACCCAAGAGAACGCAGACUUCGCCACUCGGGACCGCUACCACCACUCCUCCCGUGUGAGCCGAGACCAGCUGAUGCCUCCGUACUAG